CACUGGUAACUUUAUUGCAGUUCAGACUCAGAAUUCACUAAUCACCAAUCUAGUAUCUCCACAGUCACUUUCAUGACUGCUGAAAGAACCCGGUGGUUUGGACAUUCGGGUUUCCACUGAUUUACUUUUGGAUCUUGUAAAUAAACAGCUAUUGUGAAGAUGGACGGGUCCAAUCACACACUUUUUGAUCCGAGAUGCAGACAUGAUCCUCCCUACGCAAUCGAUGUUAUUAUGCAGCUGGACAUCUUUGGCAUAGUUCUCUUCUCUGUGUUGACUAUAAUGGCCACAAUGUCCAUGCUGGUUUUCAUUGAAGAAUGCAUAUACAUCUAUAAGAAAGUACCCGCAAACAAGAAAAGUUUAAUCAUAUGGGUAACUGGAGCAGCACCGGUCAUUGCUACCAUGUCUUGCUUGGGCAUGUGGGUUCCAAGAGCCACGAUGUUCACUGACAUGACAUCAACCACAUACUUUGCAAUAGUGAUCUUUAAGUUCCUGAUUCUUAUGAUUGAAGAGGUCGGAGGGGAUGAUGCACUUCUUCAACGCUCUGAGAAAAAGUCAUUUAAGAUCAGCACAGGACCCUGUUGCUGCUGCUGCCCAUGUCUGCCAGAUGUUGCUGUCACACGACGAUCUCUGUUUAUAUUGAAACUGGGGUCCUUCCAGUUUGCUCUGUUAAAAUGUAUCUUGACCAUCCUUUCGAUUGUCCUCUGGACCAACGGUAACUUCAAUGUAGCUGAUGUGGCGAUGAAUGGAGGAGCCAUAUGGAUAAACUGUUUUCUAGGCUUUGUCCUUGUUGUUGCACUUUGGCCUGUUGCAAUCAUGUUCAUGCAUGUGCGAGUGUCAAUACACACCCUUAAAAUCAUCCCUAAAUAUGCCAUGUAUCAGUUGGUGCUGAUUCUCAGCCAGCUGCAAAGUGCCAUCAUCAACAUAUUGGCAAUCAAUGGCAUUAUUACCUGCGCUCCACCCUACACCUCCCAGGCCCGUGGAUACUUGAUGAGUCAGCAACUGUUGAUCGUAGAGAUGUUCAUCAUUACAUUAGUGACUCGGAUUUUAUAUAGACGACAUUAUGACCCUAUACCAGAAGAGGAUGGCGACGAGGAGACAAAGAGUGCCCUUUCCUCAAAAAAAAAAAAGCAGUGGAUAUUGCAUGAGAAGAACAAACUGUUGCAUGUGAAUGAGACUAUAUAAUAUAUUGGAGGACAUUGUUGUACAAAGUAAGUGGUGAACAAUGAUGGUUAUUAUCUUUUGUAUUUUCUUUAUUAAUCAGUGUAUAAGGCCACUAUAAUCUUGUAUUAAAUAGACUGUUCCAAAUCUGUUCUUUUAUUGACAUUACUGGAAGUUAAUGGGUCACAGAAUUUGAGUGUUAAGUCAGUCAUGACUUUGAAGGUGCUGAUAUUGAUAUUUACACUUCAUAAAACUCAAAUUAUCAAUUUGUAUUGAGCACACUGCAACAUCCGAGCUAGUGGAAUGUUUUUGUUUCUUACAGUGUAACUUCCCUAUGAUGCUUGACCAUCAGUAUUGUUUUUUUGUUGUUGGUAUUGUUUCUUGUUGAUGGGACAGCAUUGAGUAAUCAUAGUCCAAAUUCCUAAUGAGAUAAAGUCAUUUAUAUUGGUUAACGAUACAUAGGGACUUUUGGAAUUGCAAAAAGGUUAAAUGGGAUUAAUGUAUGGUGCUCUGUGUUACCUUUUAUAAUAUCUGUCAUUUCAAACUAUUUAAUACAGAUUUGUCCAAUAAAAAUGUAUUUCGU